CAUAACAGAACAUAACAUAAGAAAUUAUAACUAUUGCCCACGAACAGUCGUACCAAAACCAGCGUCAGCUUCAGCACAUUCAUACAUACAUACAUAUGUACAUAUUUAAAUACAGAGAACGCCAUUUACGACUUUAAGAAAUUGGAUAUUAAUCAAGCGGGCCAUAAAACGCAAGCAAAAAGCAAUAAAGGAGGCAGCAGCGAGCAGAUUUGGCACACGAUGCUUCGUCGUUCAAUCAGCGAAGAAAGUUCAUUUAUUGCAACCUCUGGGAACAACUAUAAAAUCAAGAAUAGUGGACGUGCUUUAAAUACGAAAUCGAAGACCAGCGCCUACGCUCGCCUGUGGCUACUAAGCAAAUUAAAAGCGGCAAAAUUACGGUGCUGCCAACUGCGCUAUGCCUGCAAAAGGGUAGCAAGGACGGCAAGGGAAACGCAGUUGGAACGCGUUACGUAAGCAAAUACAGACAAGAAAACGGAGAGCAGAACAAAUAAACGCCACGUCAAGCUGAAAAUGACGGAAGUGAAAAAUAAAUGUAAUAAAAAGAAAAAAAUACGCUGACACAAGCUGGUCUGCUGUUGCAUUGACGACGGCGAAUUAAACGGGGCCUCUUAGCUGCUUUCACAAAGUGGUUGUUGCACUCGCCUGGUUGUCUGCCGGCUGAAAGUCUGACGUGCGGGCUGUUUGUCGUUGUGUUGUUCGAUUGAAAGUGUUGUAGACUGUGAAGGGGUGCAGAGGACAAACGUUGGACAGAACGAACGUUGGAACACAAAAGAAACGAAAUCAACCGGUUAAAUAAAUACAACAAAUAAAAACGUUCAUUGAUGAGUUGUGGAACUUAAAUUUUUGCUUAUAAAGAGGAGCGAUUUACAGAGAAGGCGUGUGCAUAGAAAGUUUUCUUAACUAUAACAUAUUAAAGAAGUAUUCCAAUUGUCGGUCGCAGCAAGAAACUAAAGUAAACGCCGAAAAACUUAUAAAAGUCACUCGACAACUGCAAUUAAUUUGACCGCAAAAUAAAGUAAUUAUUGUAAAAGUGACAUCCGCGUUGCAGCUUUGUGGCUGGUGUGCUUGUCUCAAUCGUUGUCAAAGCUAUAAACACGAGACAAAGUCGAUUAGCUACCGACAUUGUUUUCAAUUCUCCUGCUCCUUUUGGUUAAAACGCCCCGAAGUGUGUGCGAGUGUGUGCCACUUAACGCCACAUACCAAAAUAUAAAGCAGCGUGUGGGUGAUUUGGGGCGGUAGGCAAAGCACGGAGAACAUAUUAGAAGUUGUAUGCUGCGCGGAACCAACGGAGGUGCUAAAAGUGACGUAUAUAUACGCCAUUAACAUAUUGGUUUCUACAAACGGUUGAAGGGCAGUGCAAAAGUGGAAUAAGUAAACUUUGAUUAGUCACCAAGCAACCCGCUGAAAUAUACAAAUAAGCGUAUAUUUUGUGUAUAUGACUUGCAUUGAAAAACUUGACUAUUUGAACAACACUAUUUGCAGCCGUAACUCUUGUUUGCAGCUAAACCAAACGCAACAGACAAUUUGUUGCUUGCCGUGCACUUAAAACUUCCAACUGUAUAGUAAGACAACCAAGCUGUGCCUAAUUCCUGCUGCAGCAUCAGUAACAAAAUAAAAUAAAAAAAUAAUAAAUAACUCGGCAUAACAAGGAAACAGCUAAAACAAUAAUAUGGAGUCUGAUGAGGAUUCUUAUGAGAUGGAGAAUGUUGAUUCUGGCAAUGUAUCGUCAGGCGAUGAGGGCGAUGAAGAUUUUGGCAUGGAGGUCGAUAUACCCUCUUCACAUGAUCGCCAAAUGGAAACCGAGGAGUAUCAAUAUGAAGUGCUUUCCACAGAUGAAAUAGUACUGCAUCAGCGAGAAAUAAUCGAUGAAGUCAACAAUGUGCUCAAGCUGCCGCCCACAAUAAUCCGAAUACUGCUAAAUCAUUAUAAAUGGGAUAAAGAAAAGUUACUAGAGAAAUAUUUUGAUGGUAACACAGAAGAAUUCUUCAAGGGCGCACAUGUCAUUAAUCCAUUCAACAAAUCUACCAAUCCAAGUCGACUUAAGUUGUCCAAAAAUCCAGUGGAGGAAUGCGAAAUUUGUUUCUCAUUGCUGUCACCAGAUGGCAUGACUGGUCUGGAGUGUGGCCAUCGCUUUUGCUUGGUCUGUUGGCGUGAGUAUUUAACCACAAAGAUCGUCACCGAAGGUCUCGGUCAAUCCAUCUCGUGCGCCGCACAUGGCUGUGAUAUUUUAGUCGACGACGUUACCGUAACUAAACUAGUGGAUCCGCGUGUCAAAGUGAAAUACCAACAACUGAUCACAAACAGUUUUGUCGAAUGCAAUCAGCUAUUACGCUGGUGUCCGUCCGUCGACUGUACGAAUGCAAUUAAAGUUUCGUAUGGGGAUGCACGCCCCGUGAGCUGCAAAUGCGGGCAUGUCUUUUGCUUUGCCUGCGGCGAAAAUUGGCAUGAUCCCGUCAAAUGUUGUUGGCUGAAAAAAUGGAUCAAGAAAUGCGACGACGAUUCGGAGACAUCCAAUUGGAUAGCGGCUAACACCAAAGAGUGUCCAAAGUGUAAUGUGACGAUCGAAAAGGAUGGCGGCUGCAAUCAUAUGGUGUGCAAAAAUCAAAAUUGUAAACACGAUUUCUGUUGGGUGUGUUUAGGUUCAUGGGAGCCGCACGGCUCGUCGUGGUAUAACUGCAAUCGCUACGAUGAGGACGAGGCGAAGGCGGCGCGUGAUGCACAAGAGAAAUUGCGCUCCUCACUGGCAAGGUACUUGCAUUACUACAAUCGUUAUAUGAAUCACAUGCAGUCGCUGAAAUUUGAGAACAAACUUUAUGCGGCCGUUAAACACAAAAUGGAAGAGAUGCAGCAGCACAAUAUGUCCUGGAUUGAAGUGCAAUUUUUGAAAAAGGCCGUAGAUAUACUCUGCCAGUGCCGUCAAACACUCAUGUACACAUACGUGUUUGCCUACUAUCUGAAGAAGAACAAUCAGUCAAUGAUCUUUGAGGAUAAUCAAAAGGAUUUGGAAUCAGCAACUGAGAAACUGUCUGAGUACUUGGAACGUGAUAUAACUUCAGAGAAUUUGGCUGAUAUUAAACAAAAAGUUCAGGACAAAUACAGGUAUUGCGAGAAGCGUCGCAAGGUGCUGCUGGAUCAUGUUCAUGAAGGCUACGAGAAGGACUGGUGGGAGUAUACAGAAUGACGCGAAUCCUGGAUGGAUGAUUAAAAAGCACCAACAAAAACAUAAUUUUUCAUUGAAUAAACAAUAGAGCAGAGCAGAGCCGAGCAGAGAACGGACGGGAGCAGCAGUCUGAGAUAAAAUGAUGUCACUAGUGUUUAUCGAAUGAAAAUGCAUGGUAAAACCCUAAAAAAACGAAACUGAAAACAAGAAAAGCGCCGCAACUCCCACAGAGCAGUAGCAAGCGUGUGGCAAUAAAUGGGGGUCGGAGUGGUGGAUGAAACGCGAACAUUGUUAGCCAAUGCUAUAUAAAUAUAUAUGUGUGUGUGUGUUUGACGAUUGUAUGUGUGUGUAACGCAUAGCGGCCACGACACGAAAAUUAACAAAACACCAACAACAACAACUACCAACAAUGCGACAGGCGAAUAAUGGAAAUAAUACUGCUUAACAAGACUUAAGUUGCAAAUUUAUUAUGAAAUUGUAAUAAGUAAAUUACGCAAAAACAGGAAAUUUCCCACAAAAAGUAGAAAAAAAAAUGAAAAUAAGCAAAUCCAACAAAUACUAGCAAUACAAAAACACUAAAACCAAUACCAUAACGUAUGUAUAUAUCUGUAUGUACAUGUAAAGAACUAGCAGCAAUUGCGCAGGCAGGCACCAGUUGCAACGCGGGGUUAAUUUCGAGGUGAAAGUUACAAAAAUGCUUAAAAUUGCGUUUUGCAUUGCGUCGUGUCAGCAUCAAGGAAAGGUUGCACUGUCAUUUUGCAAAGCACCUACAUACACAAUCAUACGAUUUACACACAGCACCACUACUCCGCACCACAGCCAGCCGCUAACUGCAAAUACAUGCAUGCUUUGGUUGACUUCUUGCUUAAAAGCAUUUGUUGUUUUUGUUUUGUGUUUUGUUUUUGGUUUGGCGUGCGUGUUGUUUUCAACGGAUUUCUACUUGAAAUAGGUCUUUUUAAGCAAAUUAGCGUUAGAAUGGCGUUUUAAAACAACAACAGAUAAUUGUACACAACAACAACUACGCAAAAUGUAUAUGCUAGAGCAUAGUAUGUAGUUAGAGUUAGCAAUGCGAAAUCGCAAACGCGGCGAAAAUGUAGAUUUUCUUUUUUGUGCGUGUGGCAAGCAUCAGAGAGCUGCCCAGGCGUCUGAUUUGGCAUUGUAUGCAAGAUUUUGUUAUGUAAAAUUAAUGUUUAGGGGUUGGAAGCAAAAAAUUUUGUAAUUGUUUUGUGUUCUUAUUAAUAUCAAUAAUAUUAUUUUUUAAUUUUAAUUUAAAUGAAGCUGAACGCAAAAGAAAUGUUAAGUUUUUCUCAUAUGAUUGUCAUUAUUUUUAUGUUGAUCCUUAUUUUGUAGUGUAUAAAAUCGCAAUCGUAAUUUUACCCAUAACCGUCAAACAACAUUCACUCUACGCAAAAUGCACACACAGCAAUAACAGAAAUAACAUACAUACAUAUAUGCAAACAACAAGAACAUGAAAAACAAUACAAAUUUACUAUGCAAAUUUUGGACGCUCAUUUAGCAGCAGCAACCAACCACAAGAGAAACCAAAAAGAAAAGUAAACAAAAACAUUUUGAAAAAACUUUUGGAAAUUUCUAUAUUUAAAUUAAAUAUAAAAAAAAUGUAACUAAAUAUUAGCGGUGUCAAAUGCGCAGAAUUGGCCAGGAGACAGUAGCUGAAGCUAAACGAAAUUUAACUUAGAAAAAAAGAUAAAAUAUGUAAAAUCAAACAGAGUCCACAAGUAAAAUAAAAAUAUAUACAAUACAUUAGCAGUUA